UUUGCAAUAACGUGGCUCCAGGCAAGGCGUAGCCGCCAGCUCGCGAGCCUACACAGCGUAGGCAACGAACUGAACUACCCUUUACUGCUGGGCUCCGAGCGGCCCUGCCCUCGGCACACUGACGUCAGUGGCGGGGUGUGUUCGGAGGACGUGCAGAGCUCUUGUGGAGAAGGGCGCCAUGCGGCUCUGUCAAAGUGGCCGUGAGUCAUGACCGUUUUUAUGUCCAAAGACUGCCCAAGAUGCGGCGACCGAAUUGCCCGAAUCGAAUAUCUCAUUAACGCACGGAGAGCUUAUCCUAUCGCGUAUGAUGAAACGGUUUGGUCGUGAUGCGGACAAACUGGUUUCGCGCUUGGCUUGUUGUGGUGUUGGUGGUGGUGGUGGAUCACUUCAAAACUUAGCAGCUGGACGCGUGGAACCCGUUGGACUUAAAGGGCAGCGGCUGCUCUGCACCCGUGGAAAAGCAAGGGGCCGUGGACAUGGACAGAGUACGCCAGUAUUGCGAGUUCUGUGGGAAAAUGGAGAACUUGCUCAGGUGCGGCAGGUGCCGAAACUCCUUCUACUGCAGCAAGGAGCACCAGAAACAGGAUUGGAAAAAGCACAGACGCAUUUGCCAGCAGCCCGAAACAUCAAACAUUCCCCCACUGACCGGUCCACAGCCGAUGUCUCCAGCUGAAUCAGAGGUUCAGAAGAACCGCGAGGGGAAUGACAGCACGGCGUGUCUGAGCGCCUCGCGCAGAGAAAGAGUGAGAGAUUUUAGCACAUAUUCGGAGAGCUCGGAUACCACUGAGAAGCGAACCGGAGCCGGCAUAAACGAUAACAGAAAACCCAAGGAACAGAACAAGUCCCCUCCGCAAAAACUAGCCAUGGAGUAUAUUGUUCCGUGCAUGAAUAAGCACGGCAUAUGUGUUGUAGACAACUUUCUUGGAGAAGAUACCGGACUGUGCAUUCUAGAGGACGCAAUAGCUCUCCACAAAUCCGGUAAAUUCACCGACGGGCAGCUGGUCAGUCCGAGAAGUGAUUCUGCGAAAGACAUACGAGGAGACAAAAUAGCGUGGAUAGACGGAAAAGAGCCUGGUUGUGAAAACGUCAGCUUUCUGUUGAACCGCGUGGACGACCUGAUCCGCCACUGUAACGGCAAACUGGGAAACUACACAAUUAACGGAAGGACAAAAGCAAUGGUGGCGUGUUACCCUGGCAACGGAACAGGAUACGUGCGCCAUGUGGAUAAUCCAAAUGGGGAUGGGAGAUGUGUCACGUGUAUAUAUUACCUAAAUAAAAACUGGGAUGCCAAGGCGCACGGGGGUCUCCUGCGCGUGUUUCCGGAAGGCCGAGCCCAGUUUGCCGAUAUCGAGCCCAGGUUUGACCGGCUGCUGCUCUUCUGGUCCGACAGACGCAACCCUCACGAGGUUCAGCCCGCCCACGCCACCAGGUACGCUGUAACCGUGUGGUAUUUCGAUGCCAAUGAAAGAGCCAAGGCCAAGGAGAAGUACCUAACGAGUAAGUUACACUGGCGAGUUACACCCAUGAGUCCUGGGGAAAAAGGUGAGAAGAUCAGCCUGAAUAAACCUUCGGAUUCCAACGACUAACUGUCAGAAACAUCUUGGAGAAUGAACUAUCCAAUGAAGGAGUGUACGGAUGAGUAGUUCAGGAGAAAGGAAAAGCUCUGCCAUGUGGAAUGCGCUCAACCCACCGUCUGACCUGGAGUGACCUGGAAUGCUGUGGCACAUUCCAACAUGAACAUUGUUCCCAUGAAGGUGCCCGUACGGCUGGAUACGGCUGGAUAGAGGGAACUCUGCUCCUGCGGAUAGUCAGGCCAGGAGGAGCGCCUGGCUCAUCUGUGUUUACAGUCCUGGGUCCUGCUUUCCUGCUUUGACUUGUGAAGAGAGGAUACAGUUUUCCUGUGCAUGUGUGAGGGAGUUAACACAUCUGGAUGGAGUCGGUUUUCCAGGUGUUUGGGUUUUGGCAGAUGUUCAGAUGUAACGCUGUCUGGAUAAGCUGCUUUUUCCCCCCGCACGGAACCGUUGCUUGUGACCAUGGUGCAGAGGCGGAGCUUUGAUCACACCUGGGCUAAUGCUGUCUGGGGUCACAGGUCACCACAGUCUUAAACAGAAACCAACACCUACUUAUCUUUAGUGAUCUACAUUUACAAUAAAAUCAUGGUUUUUUACUUUGCCGUUCAAACCUGCCAAGUAAUCAGUAUUUUGUUGUUGUUGUUGUUUUCUUUAACCGUCAUUGCAGUGGGGUAGGUGUGGGGGUUGGGGAAGAGUUGGCAAAAGUGUGGGGUGGGGGGAGGGGGGGAAAGAGGUACAGUGUGUGGAUUACUGUCACUUCAUGGGCCUGGGGAGGGUGGAGUUGCCUGCAACACCAACAGAGGGAAAUAAGUAUCUGGUAAAAAGUCUCAAAUGUCAAAAAGUUAAAAUAAAUGAUAAAGAUUUGUAGUAAGCUUCGUAAGUAAUGUGACCUGCGGAGAGGAAGCUGUUGUCCCAGUAAGUAAUCACAUCAAUCCACUGUUCUGUUUUUCCCUUGAGGUUUAAAUCCAGGGAAAAGUCACCUGCCUUCAAAGGGGUUUGAAUACAAAUGAACAAGUUACCAUUUAUUGACAUCCACAGAAAAUGUGUUUGUGUUUUUAUUUUGCUAUUAAAAUAGUCUCCAUUAAGAAUAUGCAGGUAUCAAUGUGUUAUUCAGCUACCUAUCACUCUAAAGCAUUUAAGCGUAAUUUCUUAUGCCCACUAAAACUGGUGCAGUUGUAAAAAAAAAAAAGUCCAGCUCACUGCCUGUUGAAUGCAUGUUGCAGUUGUAUUGAUGCUGCUUUAAAACAUCCAUAUGGGGUUUCCCCUUUGAAGAGUAGGUUUUUUGGAAUGUUUUUUUUUUUUUUUUUUCAAAAUGUGUUCUGUAACUCCGUUGCUUUGUUACAUCAGCAUUAGAAGGUUCGUUUAAGAAUAAUAUGUUGUCAUUUAUAACAUUUUAAGCCAUGAAAGUCUUAACAGGCGGGGUUCCCUUUGAAGGGCUAAUAAGAGUGCUAGCUGUACCAGAUGGGUGCAAACUGGUUUAUAUUAGAUGGCCAUUUUAAUGAAGAGCUUUUUCUGUCCAGGUUCAUUUGUUGUGGCCUGCAGCGAUGCAAUAUUGGACUUCUGAAGCUGCUGCUAAUUUGUGUCUCUUGUUUUAAACCCAGUGUGUAGUCACUCUCAGGUCCCAUUAUUCUGUUACUUUCUGAGUUUCAAUGCUUGUGGGGAAAACGGCGCCAUCUUGUGGUUGUUCAUAAAAUAUAAGACCGUUUUUAAUUUACAUCAUUUUUAUAACCAUUUUUACCAGUCUAGGGAGGAAAGAAAACUGGCAAGAUAGUAUUUGAUGACUUUAAAAUCUCUGUGUAUGUAUUGUUAAUUUUAAGUUACCAGUCCAGGAUGCUCUGUGAUUUAAAUCAUUGCAAUAAGCAGGGAAAGCAGGCAAAAAUAAAAUUGAUUAUUUAAUUUUAUGAUUUUGCCUUUCUCAAAUGGAGCACUGAAACAUUAAACGUUUAUCACUCCA